GCCCAUUUACCAUCUCAUGCUCAGCAUUUUGGAGGAAGAGGCCCCAAAAAGCAUUAGAACCGGAUUCUCACUGAACUAGGAGUAAUAAUAAAGAGUAGAAGAUGAUCAUCACGGUCAAGACCUUACAACAGAAGACUUUUAAGAUAGAGAUAGAGGAAUCAGCCUCGGUUUUAGAUUUGAAAAAGGCGAUAGAGGCGAACCAAGGAGAAGCAUUCCCAGCUGCAGGCCAGAAAUUAAUAUAUUCAGGUAAAAUUUUAAAUGAUUCCCAGCCACUAUCAGACUACAGUAUCCAGGAGUCGAAUUUUGUCGUCGUCAUGGUGAGCAAGAUAAAGCCAGCUCCUGCUCCGACGCCAAAACCACAAGAAACUUCCAGCACCUCUAGCAGUAGUACCCCGUCCACAAGUGGCGCUACGCCCCAACCAUCGUCCAGUGCAACAGCUCCAACUACCACUAGUGCCCCAAGUGGUACGACUGGUACUGAGUCCACUGACGGUGGAGCUGGUGGGGGACAGACAAGCUCAACGGCUUCCUCAUCCUCAGAAUUUGACCAAGCCUUGUCGACACUAGUUACUGGUACUGAUUACGAGAGGACCGUUAAUGAUAUGGUUGGAAUGGGAUUCAUGAGAAACGAUGUUGUCCGUGCCCUCCAGGCUAGCUACAACAAUCCAACAAGAGCUAUGGAGUAUCUAUGUGGGGAACGUCCCAUGCCCACACUUGAGGAAGAGGCGGAGCCUCAACCCCGGGGUAGCGGAGCCGGGGGACAACAAGUCCCUCUCACGUCCUCUCCCCCUCAAGCUCCUCCCACUCAGAGACCAGCCGGUCAAUCCCAACAGUCAACGCCUCCUUCAGCUGCUCCUCGUCCUCCUCAGGGAGGCCUAUCAGCUGGAGGUGGUCAGAGCGCAUCAAACGUGUUGCAGGGAUUAAGUCAAUUGCCACAGUUUCAAGCCCUGAGGGCUGCAGUCCAGCAGAACCCAGGACUACUACCUAGUCUCCUUCAAGAAAUAGGACAGCACAAUCCUGAGCUACUCCAGUUGAUAAACCAGAAUCAGCAAGAGUUUGUUGAUCUGUUGAAUCAGCCGCCACAACCAAUAGGUUCUGGUCAGGAGCUGCCCCCAGGGACUGUCUCAAUACAAGUAACACAAGAAGAAAGAGAAGCCAUUGAUAGGUUAAAAGCUUUAGGUUUUCCAGAGGGAGAGGUCAUACAGGCUUAUUUGGCAUGUGAUAAAAAUGAGACGUUAGCUGCUAAUCUGUUGCUUAGUUCAGCAGAUGAUCCUGAACCCGGCCACGAUCCAGGAAGUGGGCAAGGCCAUGAUACUGACUCCGCCCAGUAAUUAAUUCUCUAGUUAUUAAUUGUUGUUAAUCGGUCAUUGCGUCUUUUUUGUCUGUCUCUGUGUGUCUACUUGUAUUAUGUUAGCACUGAUAAUACAUAAACAUAAAUAAAUAAAUUAUUAUUAUUAUUAUUAUUAUAGUAAUUGCUAAAGUUCCUAUUGUUGACCCUUUAUUAUCUUAACUUCAUUUGUACUACUUGA